CUCAAGAGCUCUACAACAAGCUGUUACACUUGUAUUCCUGAACAAGAUCAGGGUCCCAUUAGAAGAAUGAGUAUUGAAUAGAACACUAAGAGUGUUAUCAGAGGUGGCAAGAAUGGAUACAAAGAAUCAAGCCUGAAUGCUAUUUCAGAAGCUAAGGCAAGAGGUGAGGAAGCCUGUAUAGGGAUGAUGGAGGUGGUGGUGGUGAGGUAAUUCCAUCAGAUUUAUGAUAUAUUGAAAAAUAAAAAAAAACUGAAUGAAGACCCUGAAGAUGCGAAGAUGGGCUUGGUGUGAAAUGACAGAGGUGGACCAGGAACUUGCUCUUCAAAGGAGAAGGUCACCCUAAUCGCCAUCAUGACAGCUAUGGAGAUUGUGCCUGAAAAAGAAAAAUGGUCUGUGGAAGAGGUCACACAGCAAGAUUUGUUUCAAGAGGCAAAAACCCUCAUUGCCCAACAUGAAAACAUAAAGGAGAAUCAAGCUCAUGGAACUUCUAUAAAUGUUUUCAGAAAUAAACACCAAAGACCCAAAUCUGUCAAAUUCAUACCUUUGGAGGCUAAAAAAGGGGAAAUACAUGAUGUUGUUCAUGUGCAUCAAGCAGCACUCAGAAAUAUUUGUCCCAAGGAGUUUCCUAAAUAUGAACAAGUUCAAGAGCCCUCAGAACAAACUUGCUUCAAGAAACUUCAACUUUUUACUGUAAAAGAAAAAUAUGAGCCUAUAGAUCUCAUUGCAAAAGAAGAAGUUAAACUGGGUGAAAUCAUGACAGAUAUUGACUCAGUGAUUAAAAAAAUGGAGCAAGAAAAGCAACAUCUUGGCAAGUCCAGAUUUUUGGAAUCAGUGUAUGACGUUCCUGGCUAUUUUGCCCUGCCCCGACCACCUGGGACUCCUUCAGCGGGACUUGUCAAAGCACCUGACAAAAUAUUCUAUGAUUGGAGAGGAAUUGUUUCGAUAAGGUCUGCUCUUUUGCCUCGAGACUCUCUUCGGUUUCAUAUCUCUGAACCAACUGAAAUGUUUCACGAUUAUCAUGCUAAAGAUCUUAUGAAAAGAGAGCAAAAGCAUACCAAGGCAGAACAAAAGCCAGAACCCAGGACAAAAAGCGUUUCAGACAGAACUGAUAAACUUGACAGUAAAGUUAAAAGAAUCGGACCACAUAUAGAAAUCUUCCAAGUAUUCCGAGAAAGAAACAAAUACAUAAUUAACAAGAGAAUGGUGAAAAUGAUCACAACCAUGCAAGCGCAUGUCCGGGGAUGGCUUGAACGCAGAAGAUAUCAAAGAAUAAUGACCAAGGCUUUGUAUCAUGGAACAAACCUGAGAGCAGUUAUGAACAUGUAUCGUGCAAUGAUCCACCGUAUUAGGUAUCGACUUGGUCUUUGGAGGACGCGGCAGAUUAUAAACUUGAUAGAGCUAGAGGAAUGGAUGGAUAGGAAGAAAUACUAUGAAAUCAUGUUUGCCAAAAGAGAAGAUUGGCAAGGGUUAGAUAGAAAUGAACUCCUGAAGUACUUCAAUGACUGCGGCCAUUUCCCGACCCAGGCUCAGAUUGACGAUGUGUGGGACUUGGUCCAUAGAAGUCGCCAAGAAAAAUAUUCUAGAAUGAUCAAAAAGUCCAAUGCAGUGGAAAUGUUAUUUACACUCUAUCCGCCUAAAGGUGCCCAAGUGCUUACCAACACCAGACUGAGGUCAACCUGGCUGAGACCCAUAGUAAACGGGGAAGAGGGAUAUAAAUACAUAGUGAGUGGACAUCCAGUACUCAAGAGAGCCAACAUCCGGCUUGUGGGGAAGUUGGUGGCAAAUUCCAUAAGAGAAAGGAAAAUGAAACAAUAUGCUAAGGCCUGUGACCAAUGUUAGCGCAGUGCUGUUACCUUUGAUAGCUGGACAUAUGAACUUCAAGACAAGGCUAGCUAUGGCAUUAUUUCAUUCUCAAUUAAUAAGAGAAAGGACAAACCCCUUUCACUGGUUCUUCUUCAUAAAGAGAAUCUGCUUUAUAAUAAUGAGCCCACAUAAUGUCAAGUAUGUCUUUCAUCAGAUUAAAAUUUG